GGUAGAGGCCUUACAUGGUGCAAUGGAUAUACAGAGCAGAGAAGUGGUAACAGGGGAAAAUGGAAGCAGUGAGGGAGAUGUUAAGGAAGGAAAAUAAAAAGAAAGAAAUGGCCUUGCAUGUGGCAGCACGAAAUGGAAGAAGUCUGGGUGUUGUGAAAGCAAUAUUGAGCAAGGAAGAUCCUCACUUCACAUAUUCUGCCAAUCGUUAUUGGGAAACUCCUCUUUACUUGGCUAUUGAUAACACACGUACAGAUAUUGUCGCCGAACUGUUAAAUAAUCCCAAUUCACAAUCUCUCCAAUAUGACGGCCGCUUAUAUGGUGAAACGGUGUUGCAUAAGGCAGUAGAACGCUGGGAUAUACGUAUGAUUAGUAGAUCACAAAUUUCCGUUAUAUUAGUUUACUAUUUGCCUAUUAGUGGAGGAAAUGAAUUGCAAAUCCCUUUCAUAAUAAAAUUUCUCUUUCAGAGGCAGUACAUCUGCUCUUGGAGAAACAGAGUACUUUGGCCAAAGAACAAGAUUCUGGUGGAGGGAUUGCACUUCAUUAUGCUGCAAAUGAAGGUUCUAGCUCAACGGUGGCAACUCUGUUAGAUAAGGAUAAAUCUAUUGCCUGCAUUGCCGAUGUUGCAAAAUUCACAGCUCUUCACAUUGCAGCCCUUCAAGGCUUUAAACACGUAAUGAAUGAGAUUAUUGCUAAAUGUCCAUACUGUUGUAAACUCAUUGACAAUACAGGUAAGAACGUUCUUCACUAUGCAGUACUCAGUAAAAAUGAAGAAGUACUGAAAACAAUCCUUGAAAAUUCAUCAUUAAUUUCCCUUUUAUUUGGGAAAGAUGAUGAAGGGAACUCGCCUGUCCAUCUAUUCAAGGGUAUUAAUCUCCCUUUGCCUAGCUACUUUCAUACUUGAUGGA